GGUUGUUUACAGACGAAUUUCCUGGCAGACAUUAUGGCGGACGACCAGACCACAGCGGAGACGGCCGAGCAGUUCGCCCUAAGGCUGACCGCAACGGUCUCGUCUGGGUUCGUGACAUUGGCGGUGGCCAUAGGCGUGCGUACGGGUCUGUUCAUCAAGUUGGGUGAGCAAAACGGGCCACGCACAUCUGCGCAGAUAGCAGAAGCUGCAGGCAUGAAGGAAAGGUACGUUCGUGAGUGGUUGGCUAUCAUGGUGACGGCCCGGAUCAUGGAGUACGACAGGGAGCAGCGGACGUACUUCCUUCCGCCUCACCGCCGGGACGUUCUGAAGUCCGCCCAAAUGCCGGAGGGCCUGCGGCUGCAGGCCGGCGUAGCCACGAAUGUGGCCGACUGCUUCAAGCUGGACGGACCCGAGGGUGUGCCAUAUUCAGCUUAUCCUGAGUUUCAAGCUUGGCAGGCAGACAUAAGGAAGCAACAGGUGGAAACUAACCUGGUGUCAAAAUUUGUACCGAUGAUACCCGGACUGAAGGAACGUUUGGAGUCUGGUAUCAGAGUCCAUGACGCUGGAUGCGGUAGGGGAAUCCCGACCCUCAUCCUAGCGCAGCACUUCCGUAACAGCACGUUCGUCGGCACCGACAUCGAUCGUGACGCCGUCCAGUGGGCGGCCACGGAGAGUAACCGGCUUGGUUUGGUCAACACCAAGUUCCAGGUGCAGGACCUGGCCAAACUGCCCGCUGAUUGGUCAGAUUCGUUCGACUACGUGCUCGCGUGGGACGCGAUACACGACCAGGCUGAUCCGGAAGGCGUGCUUCGGGAAAUCUACCGGACGACCAAGUCCAGUGGUCUGUUCUCGAUGGUCGACAUAAGAGGCCACACUGAGCUAGCGGACAACCUUGACGACCCGGCGGCCCCGAUGCUGUACGGCGCCAGCUUACUGCACUGUAUGCCCGUAUCGCUGUACUUUGGGGGGAGGGGCCUGGGCACCAUGUGGGGGCAGGAGCUGGCGGUAUCCAUGCUGCAGGAGGCCCGAUUCACUAACAUCCGGUGCCUCGAUGUGCCCGACAGUCCUGCCAAUCUUCACUUCCUGUGUCAUAAGCCAUGA